AUGACCACAAUCAAAACCUUCUUGGCUGUGGCUGCUAUUAAGGGAUGGAACAUUCAGCAACUUGACAUCAACAAUGCUUUUUUACAUGGUGACUUAGAGGAGGAAGUCUACAUGGUAUUACCCCCUGGUUUUAAGAAUGGGAAGCCAAAUCAGGUUUGCAAGCUCAUGAGAUCCCUGUAUGGCCUUAAACAGGCAAGUAGGCAAUGGAAUGCCAAGUUGACUAAAGCUUUACAAGUGUAUGGCUUCCAACAAUCUUCUGCAGAUCCCUCUUUGUUUACUAGACAAACAGGAACAUCUUUCAUUGCCUUGUUGGUGUAUGUUGAUGAUAUCCUUUUGGCAGGAAAUAAUUCUGUUCAAAUGAAUGAUUUGAAGCAGUCACUGGAUAGAGAUUUCAAGAUCAAAGACUUGGGCAACUUGAAUUAUUUCUUAGGCAUUGAAGCCGUUAGAACUGAUGCUGGAAUUAACAUUUGCCAAAGGAAAUAUGCUUUGGAGAUCCUAAAAGAACAUGGUUUUUUGGAAGCCAUGCCAGCUAAGACUCCUGCUGUCACAGGACAGAAACUGAACAACACUGAUGGGAUUCCCAUCACACAACCUGAAGUUUUCAGAAGGUUAGUUGGGAAACUCUUGUACCUAACCAAUACUAGACCUGACAUCUCUUAUGCAGUCCAGCAGCUAAGUCAAUUUGUGGAGAAGCCAAGAGACACUCAUAUGGUAGCAGCUCAUAGGGUGUUAAGGUACCUAAAAGGAGCACCUGGAAAAGGCUUGUUCUACCCUUCUAAUUCUCUUAUGAAAUUGCAAGGAUUUUCAGACUCAGACUGGGCAACUUGUGUGGAUAGUAGGAAAUCUGUGACAGGAUAUUGUAUUUUUCUUGGCAAUUCUUUGAUUUCAUGGAAAACCAAGAAGCAAGCUACAAUCUCUAGAUCAUCUUCUGAGGCAGAGUACAGAGCCCUAGCAUCCACAACUUGUGAGGUACAGUGGUUGUUAUUUCUGUUAGCAGAUUUGAAGGCAACAUUCUCUACUCCAGUAACUUUGUAUUGUGAUAACAACUCUGCCAUUGCUAUUGGUGAGAAUUUUGUCUUCCAUGAACGCACUAAACACAUUGAGAUUGAUUGUCAUGUGGUUAGACAAAAGAUCAAUGAAGGGGUUGUCAAACUUCUUGCUGUUUCUUCCCAGAAUCAGACUGCAGAUGGCUUCACAAAAGCCUUGCCUAAGCCCUUGUUUGACAAGUUCCAUGAUAAGCUGGGCCUUCAAGAUGUUCAUGCUCCAGCUUACGGCUUGCAGCAGUCCAAGUUCAGCUCUUCUCUGCUUUUGCUUUCUUUCAUAGCUUAA